UCACUUCCGGUUUGUUAUCUGUGGAAAAAAAAAUCACGAACUUUUGUAAAUUUAAUGCAUACACAGAAAUAUUUUGUUGAAAUAAUAAUGCCAUAAAUUUAGAAAUUAUAGUUAACCUGUUUUGCAGCAAUGUCAUUUUUCCGAAGGCAUUCUGAAAAGAAGAAGAAAGAGAGGACUGCCUCGUUUAAGAAGAACUCAGUACCACAGAUACCUGCUAAUCUUGGUCUUGCUGAAUCAGAGGCUAGGAAUGGAAAACCUGCAUUUAAUAUGGCAAGGCAAACACAGACAGGGGGAUUACUUCUGGAACAGGAUGACUUCUAUCCGGGUGAUCUAGGCAUGAGCCAUCAGCCACAAGAUGAAUAUGUAAAAAAAUCCAGAUUAUCCAAAAGCUUGACUGAGGUGUUGAAAGAUCAUGAAGCAGUUGCAUAUCUGAUUCAGUACAUGGAUUCUUGUAAAGCAUCUGCUCUGAUCAGAUUCUGGUUAGAUGCAGGAAGUUUUCAAGCUUCCACAUGGACUCGGAUCAGGACACACUCUUUACAGUCAGUCAGCAAAAGUUCUUUGAUAAAAACCACAAGUGAUCUAUCUACAGACUCUUUGACACAGUCCAUAAAUAAAGAUAUAACCAGUCCAGUUUCUGGAGCCAGUCUAGAUUUGGUUGAUCAGGGUCUUCAGUCUGGCUCAGUAGAAGCUCAUUCAAGUGCAUUUAAUUCAAAUUUAGACCAAAACAAACCAUGUGACCAAACUGAGCAAGCAGAUGCAAAGGAAGACAAGACAAAGCAAUAUAAAAUUCAGUUAGAUGAUUUAACAGAAGAAAACAUUCCAAGUGAUGUUAGUGAUAAUUCAGAAGGGAAUGUAAAAGACUGUGAUUCACGAGUAAGGGAAAAGUGUAAAACUGGGGAAGAAAAGAUUAAUAUGUCCCUUCCAAUAGAACCUUGUGAUAGUUCUGCUGUUGAUAAUAAACUUUCUGAAAGUGCAAUAUCAUAUAGAGAUAUAGCAUCCCCAAGUCCAACUGACCAAGAAGCAAAUGAUAGUCAGUCAAGUGCAAAAUCUAAUAGUUACAGCAGUAGUAACUUGGCAGAAAAGCUCAAGAAAAGUGUAGAACAGGAUGCUGUGAGGAUAUUUACCAAAUACCUAGCUCAGGAAGCCACACAUCCCAUUGGUAUAACUGAUGAUCUCAGAAAUGAUACAAUAAGAAAGAUUUGCAGGGAAGAUGGUCAGGUUGACCCUGAGUGUUUUGUAGAUUGUCAGAACUUUGCUGUAAACCAGAUAGAGCAGAGAUACUUUGAAGGUUUUGCUGCCAGCGUUUACCACUGUAAAUACCAGGUUGAAGUCCUAACUGGGGGAAAACUGCAUUUAACAGAUAUACUGUACAACGAUACUGCAUUGUUCUAUUUCAUGGAGUACAUGGAGCAAGAGGGGUUGAGCCAUAUGUUACAGUUUGUGAUAGCAGCGGACAAUUUUGAACAUUUACUGAUCUCUCAAGGGAAUUAUGAUGGCCUACAAGCUCAAGAAGAUGCUAUGGUGCUAUAUGAUAAAUAUUUUUCAUUACAAGCAGUAUCACCACUGGGCUUUCCUCAGAGUAUCAGGUUUGAAAUAGAAGGAAAUAUAUGUCGCGAAGGUGGACCUUUACCAGAUUGUUUCUCCAAACCCAGGAAAAUUGUUCUACAUACCAUUCAAAGGCGUCACCUGCAACAUUAUCUGACGAGUGAUGUAUAUUAUAAGUACCUGUCUGAGCUUGUCUCGGCGGUACAGACUGCACAAGACUUUCCUAUUGGUCAAAGAAAACGAAGAGGAAGUGAAACUUCCUCAGAACAUAGUGUUGGUGCCCAUAGUGUUGGUGCUCAUAGUGUAGGAAGCGAAAGUGUCAGUUCUAGAAAUACCUUAUUGGCAGCUGGAACCAGUCGACGUGUUCAGCUUCACAAACUGGAUGAAAACAUGAAAAAUAUGACCCUGGAUCCGGGACUGCUCAAUCCUGAUAAACUUUGGGAAAGGCCAGAAGCUGGGAGAAUGAGUUUAGGUCAGAUAGAUGGGCUUGGUCAGUUUGUGUCCAGAUUUGACCCAGACCCAGAGGUCAUGACCUCCAGUAGGAAGAAAUCUACAACUGGCUCAAAAUUCUUCAAAAGUAAAAAGGAGAAAGAAAAGGAGCAGGAGGAAAUGGCGAGAAAGGUGGCAGAGAUGAUUCUGAAAGAUGUUACAUCAGUUACGCAAGCAAUUAGUGCAAUAAAAAAUGGUGGCGAUGAUACAUGAUUCCAGCAAUAAUACAACAGUUCAUCAACUCUAGUCUGUGAUAGGUGUGGUUCAGUGUGAUGACAAGAGAGAUUAGUGUAAUCAUUUCAAAAAAGAACUAUUUUUCUAUAUAUUAUACGUAAUUGUAUCAUGAAAAUAUUUUAAUUCUUUGUUGUAUGUUCUGCAGAUUUUUAAGCUUCAUAAAUGUGCCAAAGUGUGUAUAUUUUAAAAUCUGUGAAAUAAUCCUUGUCCAAAAUGAAUGCCUGUUUGAAUCCCCGUCCAACAUGGAGGAGAUAUGUUGCCUUUACACCAGUUAUCUGUCGGUUCGUGAUAUUUUUCCAUAUUUAUGAUUGUAGGGGCCUCCGUGGCUGAGUGGUCGCUGACUUUGAAUCACUUGCCCCUCACCAAUAUGGGUUCAAGCGUGCUCGGGGCAUUGAAUUCUUCAUGUGAGGAAGCCAUCCUGCUGCCAUACAGAAGGCCGGUGGUUCUACCCAGGUGCCUGCCUUAUGAAAAGCCACCAUAUAAACUGUUGUUUCGGUUGACUUUAAAACCAACAAAAAAAAAAAGAUUUUUCCCUGAAAGAACUACUUACAGAAGACUUCUGUAAGAUUAGUUACAUGUAAAUCUUUGAGGGAGUUAUUUUUGUUAUGUUCGCUGUCUGUUUCUGCAAAUAGGAAUAGUUGCAAAAGUGUUAGUUUUGUUGUGAACAGUCCUAUAUUUCACAAGUUGGCCAUAGUACAUUGUAAAUAUUCUACCUCGUACUGUUUUUAGCUUUGAACAUUCUGAAAGUUUAGUCUGGCAAAUAAAAUGUCUGAUUUUACAGCAUUUAAAACAGUAGAAGCAAACAAAUGACAUUGAAAAUAGAUUUAUUGUUUUUGAGAUUGACUAUUCAAAGUUAUAGGAGAGCUACUGUACUCACCCAGGCAUCAGCAUUGCCAUUGGCAUUGUUCUCAGGAUAAGAUUCUAUGGCAAGCUACUCAAUUUUGUAAUGGUUGCCACUUUUAUCAUCAAACUUCUUAUGCACUCAGAUCGAUUUUAAACUGCACAUACGAGGUGGUCUUGGCAAGGGGCAGACAUCUGUUAGCUUUGGUCAGUAUAUGGUAAUUAAUUAUAAUGCUGGUGACCAGCUUCACGUUUUCAUUUCAUCUUCUUUGAUAAUCAAACCGCCUUAGUAAGGGGCAGAUAUCUUUUGUGUCAGGCACCUCCAAGAUCAAGGUCAUUCUUACAUUAUGCUUCUCCGUGUUACUGUAUCUUCUUAAACUCAUAUCUUGCAAUUUUUCUUAGUAAGAAUAUGCUUCAUACAACAACUGCUAAACUAUAUCCCUACUGUCCCCAUCCCCACCCAUUUGACACCUGCUCCUAACAUUUUAUGCCCCAAAUGUUAAAGACCGGGUAGAUAGUGUUUGAACCAUCACUCUGUCCAUUAGUCUGUCACACUUUCUUGUUUACUAAACUCCUGAAUCAAAUGAAAUUUGGUAUGCAUCAUCAAACAAAAGUGGACAUGUACAUUUUGACAUCAGUUUUUGUUUUUACAUUCUUCACACAACUUACAAUUUUGUGUUUUUAUGCAUUCCCUCAUACCUCACCCCUCCAUCUCCCCAAUAUUACACCCCCUUCCUCUCCCACCCCUUGACUUCCAACUUUUUAUUACCAACCCACUUUAUGCCCACUCCACCCAACACUUACACAAAGGUAAAAAAAAAACAUUACAAUGUUUUAUUGCAUUUACUGUUACCAUUUUCACUUGUUUCUUGCUAAAAAAUUUUGAAUAGUCGAGUGACCUGUCCUUUCUACAACUCUUGUUGUAAAACAUGUAUGUGAACAUUGGACAUUGAUGAGUUAUAACCAGUCAUGUUUCCAUCAGGAAUAAUGCCCAUCUUUGUCACACAUAUGCCACAGCAUUAUGUGAGAUAGAGAAAUAACCAAGAAAACUAACCAAAGCCAAAAUCUGUAUUGCAUAACACACUAAUUGUCUGUGUGAUUGUGAACGAAUGUGCUAGCAAUUUACUUUUUAUUCGUUGAUCUUUGGAAAAAAAAAUGUUUCUUUUUCUGAAUUAGAAAUAAAGGUGUUAUUUAUAUGUUUGACAUUUUGCAAAAAUGAUGAAGAAAAGGGCAAGUGCAUUAACUUUAUUAAUAAAGAAUAGAGGGAAACCUUUGACGUUAACCGAAAUACUCCAUAUAACAAAUAGUGCCUCUGGUUUUUACUUUUGUACCUUGAUAUGACUAUGCUUCUUAUACAGAAAUGUAAUUUUUGUUAGGAUGUCUUUUUAAAAAAAGGGUUAAGUGCUGAUAUUCAUGUUAAUUGUAAUGAUUAAAAGAGUUAAAAUGGU